AUGCCUUCGAUGGCACUCUCCCUGUUGACUGCCGCCCUCGCGCUCGUCGCUCCCGCUUUCGGGGACAUAUCACGACGCGCCGAGUCUGGUGCGGGCUUGACCACCCUCUCGAACAACUCGGCGGCAGCAUGGCCAGGGCCCAGCGCCAACGGAGGGUAUGCAUGGGCGAGCGCAUUCUCCCGCGCACAAUCCCUCGUCUCGCAGAUGACGCUUGAGGAGAAGAUCACACUUAUUACGGGCCAGCCCGGUCGUUGUGUCGGUAUGACUGGCGCUGUCGAGCGACUCGGCGUUCCCGCGCUUUGCCUUGAAGACGGUCCGGCCGGUGUGCGCCCCGUCCAAGGUGUCUCUCAGUUCCCUGCGGGACAGGCGGUCGCGGCGACUUGGGAUAGAGAGUUGAUCUACCAGCGCGGAUAUGCGAUGGGGAAGGAGUUCUUUGACCAGGGUGUCAACAUCGCUCUGGGUCCGGUAACGGGCGGACCUCUAGGACGGAGUCCACGCGGUGGCAGAAACUUUGAGGGCUUUUUCGACGACGCCUACGCUACCGGAGAGGCUGCAUACAUGACUGUGAGAGGUAUGCAAGACUCCGGUGUCCUGGCCACGGCGAAGCAUUAUAUCGGUUACGAACAGGAGACGUUCAGGGACCCAUUCAACCAAUCGGAGUCCUACGACGUCUUCCCUGUGAAUGAGCAGACGCCCAUUUCCUCCAACAUCGACAACAAGGCGUUGCACGAGUUGUAUUGUGGGGUUUCGCUGAAGCCGUCCGCGCCGGAACAGGCUACCUCUUACAACGAAGUCAACCAGACACACUCGUGCGCGAACGCGUAUACGUUGAACAACCUGCUCAAGGCGAGGUUGGUCAUUGAGCCGGUAAAUCCAACGCUUAUCAAGCUCAUCGUGGUCUCACAGCUCAACUUCCAAGGAGGUGUCAUGUCAGAUUGGGGUGGCGAUUGGGGUGACGCGGAUUUCAUCAACGGCGGUCUCGACAUGAGCAUGCCAGGUGUUGGGUUUGGCGGCAUCUUCGGCCCAAUGUGGGGUCAAGGGCUUAUCCCCCUCAUCGAGAAUGGCACGAUCGCAGAGUCUCGAGUGGACGACGCCGCAAUUCGUACCUUGACGCCCUGGAUCUUCUCCGGCCAACCAGCAUACCCCCCUCCUGCGGUGACGUGGAACGCAGAUCCACAGUACUACGAGACGGAAGACGCGUACUGGCGUGACGUCCGACAGGUCGAGACGAUGACGCUCAUCAGGCAGAUCGGCGAGGACUCCGCGACGCUGCUCAAGAACACCAACAACGCACUGCCCCUCCGCGCGCCGAAGGUGAUCGCGAUCGUCGGGAGCGAUGCUGGUCCGAACGAGUUGGGCGCGCUGGACGGCGGAGGCUCGAACGCGUUCCCGACGUGGAACCUCAACGGUACGCUGACGUUGGGCGGUGGCUCGGGCUGGGCCAUCCCGCCGUAUGUCGUGACGCCGUACGAGGCUAUCAGCUAUCGCGGGCGCACGAUGAAUUCGCAGGUGUACGCGAUCUUCAAUGACACGGCGUAUGAUGCGGUCAAUGUCACUGUACCAAGCGCCGACGUUGCGCUCGUGUUCGUGAGUGCGUUCACGAGGGAGGGUGAAGAUCGUGCCACGCUGUAUCUCGACAAUGAUGACGACACGCUGAUCCAGACCGUCGCGGCCAAUUGCAACAACACCAUCGUCGUGAUGCACGCUGGUGGUCCCGUCCUCGUCGAGGCAUGGAUUGACAACCCGAAUGUGACUGCCGUCAUCGCUGCGCACUUCCCUGGUCAAGAGGCGGGCACAGCCAUCACCAAUGUGCUCUUCGGCGAUGUCUCCCCGAGCGGCAAGUUGCCCUACACCAUCGGGUACUCCCUAGACGACUACGCGCCCGAUACGAUCGUUGCGACGCCAGUUCUCCAGCCCCAGGCGUACUUCAACGAAUCGACGCUGAUCGACUACAGAUGGUUCAGUGCGAACAACAUCACCCCGCGCUUCGAGUUUGGCUACGGGCUGUCGUAUUCAACCUUCGCGUACAGCAGUGUCUACGUCCAGAGCGUCUUCUGGCCGGACACUACGUCAGUCCAGCAGACGCACGAGCCAUUCGAGGCCUGGGACGGGAGCAACAGUAUCUACGACGUCAUUGCGCAGGUGACGGCACAAGUAACGAACACCGGCGAUGUUGUGGCUUCCGAGACCGCUGAACUGUACGCCACGCUUCCUGGUAGCCCUGGGAUCUGGCUGCGGGGCUUUGACAAGCUGAAGGCUAUGGCGCCUGGUGAGACACGCGCAGCGACGUUCCCGCUCCGCCGGAAGGAUCUCUCGCUUUGGAGCACGGAACGCCAGCUCUGGUAUAUCCCCGAGGGCGAGAUCCAGCUGCAAGUUGGUGCUAGUUCCACGAAGUUGUACUUGACGACUUCAUGGUCCCAAUGA